AUGUCAGACCAGCCACAAGACCUAUCAUUCAAAGUCCUCAGCUUGCUCAGUAAGGAGCGGGGAGUCUAUGGGCUCCGGAAUGGCGACCAUGAGCGAUACAGGAAACACUGCGGGAACAAGCUGCAGCGGCUGAGGCAUGGGACAGGGCUUACGUCCGGAAAGAAGGGGUACAAGAAGCCUGCGGAGGUGACUCUGGCGACUGUCAAGGAUGUCAAGCACCUGCAGCUUCUGCUCUUCUCGGCCGAACGUGCUCUCGCGCACUCGCACGAGCUCAAAUCCGCCCUGACCCGCCCCAACCCCCCGGUCGGCGUGUCCAAGAAGGACCAGCUCUCUUGGCUUCGCCGAGCGCACAAAUACUCUUCUUCCCUGCACUCCAUUUCCUCCGCCCUCGCCUCAUCCUCCCGGAUGACUCAACAGACCCUCGCCGAAAUAACAAUCUACCACCUCUCGCUCUCCUCCGAGCUCUCCUUCGAGCGCUCCAACUGGGCCGAUGCCAUCACGUCCCUCGCGGUCCGUCGUCGUCUCCUCUCGACAUUCGCAGAGGCCGCCCGGGACUCAUAUGACCAAGCCCUAGCUCUGGAGUUUAUGGACGCCUACGACCCGCUCAUCCGGUUCGCGGCGUACAAGCUGGGCCGGGCCGAGUCGCACGAUAUCCCCGCGGUCGUUGCGGAUAUCGAUGGGGAGAUGCAGGAGGAGGCGUUGCCGGGCGUGGAGAAGCUCGUCGAAGGGCUGAGGGCGGAGUUGGGGAGUCAAGAGGUUGAAGAGGGAAGGCGGAAGUUGGAGGAUGUCAAGUUUGCGGGUGAGGCGAUAGAGAUGCGGUCGGCGGAGAUGGUGGGUGUGAUGACUAAGGUACAGGCCGCGAUGGAGGCUAUGGAGGGGAAAGGGAGGGGGAUGAGGGGGUGGGAUAAGGUGUUGGGUGUCCUCGGCGAGGCGGAGGCGGUAGCGAGAAGACUGGUAGAUGAUCACGAGGCAUCCGGCGCGUCCAACCCCCUUAGAUCUGCGGAGACCUCUCGCUCCCUCGCUCAGACACAUCAAUACAUUAUCCACCUCCUCCUUACCCACCGGAUCAGGCGGGACCUCCUCCUCGCUGAGACUCUCCGCUCAACCUCCAAGACCCUCCCUAGCGACAUCACGCGAUUCAAGGUCCCGGGCGGCAGAGCCAAGCUGGAAGAGGCAGUCAAGACCCUCGCGGGGCUGAUUAAGCUGUAUGAUCAGGUUCUGCAAAGUCUGGGGCAGGUCAAGGGGCUGGGGCUGGUUCAGGAGAGGGAGGAGGUGAGGGUGGGAGUUGAGGGCCUGGAGAGUUAUUAUCAGGCAACAAGCAGAAAUCUCCUCCUCGCACGCCUACAUACCAUCCACCCCACACCUUCCUACUCCUCCGCCAUCCGACUUCUCGCCCGCUCGUCCUCACUCACUCAACAAGCCCGCUCAUCCCUCUUCGAGACCGGACCUAUCGCCGAACCCAUCACUUCCGCAACAGAAACCGACCUAUCAGCUCUCGAAUCGGAUAUCUCUGCACUGGAGAAAGCGGCCAAACGAGCUUUGUUUGCGGAACGAGUGGACAAGCCUGUCUUCUUCGACAAUGCCUUCAACUAUGUGGAGAUGCCGAUGGAAGAGCUGGUUUAUCGGGCAGGGAAGGGUCCUAAGCCUGCUGCGCCAUCGGAAGGCACAGGUGGGGUGGCGGCGGUUGCGGAAGUAGUGGGGCAAGUGGCUGGUAAAAAGGCACAAGAGCUUGAGAAGGAGCAGAUCGCGGGGCAGGGGAAGAAGGGGUGGUUGGGAGGAUGGUUUGGGAGGGGUUAG